AUAUAUAUAUAUAUAUAUAUAUAUAAAUAUUUAUAAGUAAAUAAAUUAUUUGAAGUCAAGUUAAUUAGUGUUGGGUUAAGUUUUCUCAAUUCGACACGACCACUUAAAAUUUGGGGCAAGGUUGGAUUGGAAAAAUGUGUGCCACCUCAUUAAAGGGUAUACCUUCAGAUUCUUAACAGAUUAGUUGUGUAGAUGCAAUGUCAACUUCAUCUACCAAGGGCGUAUAUGAUAAGCAUUUUAGUGCUAUUAGUCAAUUUUCUAAUCGAUUAAAUCAUAUCUAUAAAAUUUCAUUAUUAGAAUUUUUAUAUUUUAUAUCAUUUGUAGUUAAUUUUGGGCUUGGGAAAAUAGUUCAUUUACUAUCACCAGAAGAAGAAGUUUAUAAUUAUUACAAUGAUAAGAAGAAUAUCUUAAAUCAAUUAUUUGUUAAAAAGGGUUGGGGAUGGACAACAUUAGUGAUAACAUUAUUUUAUGCAUGCAUUUUACAAUCCAAAAAUAUAACCAAUAAACUGAUAAAGGUGAGAAAUGCAAUUAUACGAUUUGUUUUAGUUACAAUUUGGUGGAUAUUUUUCACUCAAUGGUGUUUUGGGUUACCAAUAAUGGAUAAAAUAUUUAUUCUUACAGGAGGGAAAUGUGUUAUUGAACAUAAGGAUGUGGUGCAUAAACAUUCUCAUCUAAUUCAAUUCUUUCAAGAAAUUGAGAAUGGAUUUGAAUCAUCAAUCAUAUCAUCAUAUUCAUGUAGAAAGUUACGAGGAAAUUGGGAAGGAGGUCAUGAUCCAUCUGGACAUGUAUUUUUAAUGAUUCAUUCAUCAUUAUACUUGUUUUUAGAAACAUUACCAUAUUGGAAAUCAUGGACACAUUUAAUAAAUGAGGUUAAAAAUGUUAUUAAUAAAUUAAAGACAAGUAAUAAAUCCGUGCCAGAAAAAGUAGUAGACAUUUUAUAUUUUAUAAUUGAUAAUCCACAUGUAGUGAUUAUUCAAUUGAUCUCAUUGUGGUGGUUUAUGUUAUUCAUGACAAAUAUUUAUUUCCAUUCUCUUGGAGAGAAGUUUGUGGGAUUAUUAUUUGGAUAUGCUGGAGUUACAGUUGUGUAUUAUGUGCCACGAUUAUUAGUUAGUAAUAAAAAUAAGGAUCAAUGAGUAAUAAGAUAGAAUUUAUAGGUAAUAUAUAAUAGUGCAGAGAGCAGAACAGCGGAGCAGCAGAGCAGCACUACAGUACUGUACAGUAGUACAGCAGUACAGUAGUACAGCAGUACAAUAUAGAGUAUAUUCUUACUUCUAACGGUCAUGUGCACAAACACGAGAAGAAAGAUAUGUGCAUCAAUCAAACCUGAAUGUUAAGCACCAAACGGCUGAUGGGAACUGUAUGUAAAUUUAACAUAAAUAAAAUAAAUUUAAAUUAGGUUUAAAUUAAACUAAUCGGUCGUAAACCACAACAGACGAAUAACAAUUAACAAUUAACAAUUUACAACAAUGCAACACGUUACGAUAUGAUUUAAACUAUAACAAAUAAAAAAGUAACAAGUAAUAAAUAAUAAAUAAUUGUCUUCG